CUAUAAUUGCAAGUGCAUUUGUCUAUAAUUCUGUUCAGUUGACUUUUUACAGUCCUUUGCUUGAAGAAAUUAAAAACAUACAUUAGAAAUGGUUCGCUCGGUUAAUGUCGCUAUCGUUGGCGCCGGUCUCGUUGGCUCCGCCUUCAUCAACCAACUUCAAUCCCUGCGUUCGCACGCGAUAACCUACAACGUGAUCCUGAUCGCGCGCUCGACCAAGGCUCUGGUCUCCAAGUCCUACGCGCCCCUCCCGCUCGCCAAUUGGUCGCAGGACCUGGCCGCGAGCUCGCCGGCGUCGGGCCUGUCGCCGGGCGACCUGGCCGCGUACCUCGAGAAGAGCCCGUUGCCGGUGAUUCUGGUCGACAACACGUCUUCGGACGCGCUCGCGAAAGUGUACCCCGUGUUUCUCUCGCAGGGGGUGUCGAUCGCGACGCCAAACAAGAAGGCGUUCUCGUCCGAGCUCGGGCUGUGGAACUCGCUCUUUAGCUCGGCGGCCAACUUCGCCGCGGAGCCCAAGGGCAAAGGAUUUUUGUACCACGAGGCCACUGUCGGCGCCGGUCUGCCUGUGAUCUCGACGAUCAAGGACCUGGUCGCGACCGGCGACGAGGUCGUCAAGGUCGAGGGCAUCGUCAGCGGCACGCUCUCCUACAUCUUCAACGAGUUCUCCACCCUCUCUGGCGGCGCGCCCGUCAACUUCUCCGACGUCGUCAACAAGGCCAAGGAGCUGGGCUACACCGAGCCCGAUCCGCGCGAAGACCUCAACGGCCUCGACGUCGCGCGCAAGCUGACCAUUCUCGCGCGCCUCGCGGGGCUCGACGUGCAGUCCGCGACCUCGUUCCCCGUGCAGUCGUUGAUCCCGCGGCCGCUCGAGGAGAUCGAGGCCGUGUCGGAGUUCAUGGCAAAGUUGCCGGAGUAUGAUGGCAAGAUGGAGGAGACGCGCGCAAAGGCGGCCGAGGAGGGCAAGGUCCUGCGGUUCGUUGGCAAGAUCGACUUGAGCGGCGAGUCGGCGCAGAAGGUUAAGGUCGGCAUUGAGAAGUACGAUGCCGCGCACCCGUUUGCGUCGCUCAAGGGCUCUGAUAACGUCAUUGCGUUCUACACCAAGCGCUACGGCAAGAACCCCCUGAUCAUCCAGGGCGCCGGUGCCGGAUCUGAGGUCACCGCCAUGGGCGUUCUCGGCGACGUCUUGAAGAUCGCUGAGCGUGUCGCCAAAUGACUUGCCGACGAAUCCGAUUCGAUCAAAGCUGCGUUUCGUAGCCGGUUGUAAUAUUGACCAAACUACGAAUUAAGGAGAUGAUGAUGGAUGAUAUAUCUUUGUCAACCUUUUAUUGUAUAUAAAUGCAACAACAAAA